AGGUUAGCGUCUCUGAUGUCAUGUGAUUCCACCCUCCGCCUCUCGCCCACUCUCGCAGAGGGCGGUGCGGUUGGCCCGGCCCCGCGAGGCACCGCCUUUCAAUUAGCACUCGCCGAUUGGUCGCUGCUCGCACGGUCUCCUGGGUGACGGGAACGCGAUAGCCUGCUUGGUGGAGACCCGGUGCGCCUGCGUACUUCAUAGUUCGCGUUAGCGGCUCGAGUCUGGAGAUGAAGCGUAUUUUCUCACUGCUAGAAAAGACUUGGCUUGGCGCACCAAUACAGUUUGCCUGGCAAAAAACAUCAGGAAACUACCUUGCAGUAACAGGAGCUGAUUAUAUUGUGAAAAUCUUUGAUCGCCAUGGUCAAAAAAGAAGUGAAAUUAACUUACCUGGUAACUGUGUUGCCAUGGAUUGGGAUAAAGAUGGAGAUGUCCUAGCAGUGAUUGCUGAGAAAUCUAGCUGCAUUUAUCUUUGGGAUGCCAACACAAAUAAGACCAGCCAGUUAGACAAUGGCAUGAGGGAUCAAAUGUCUUUCCUUCUUUGGUCAAAAGUUGGAAGUUUCCUGGCUGUUGGAACUGUUAAAGGAAAUUUGCUUAUUUAUAAUCGUCAGACAUCUCGAAAGAUUCCUGUCCUUGGAAAACAUACUAAGAGAAUCACUUGUGGAUGUUGGAAUGCAGAAAAUCUGCUUGCUUUAGGUGGUGAAGAUAAAAUGAUUACAGUUAGUAAUCAGGAAGGUGACACAAUAAGACAGACACAAGUGAGAUCAGAGCCUAGCAACAUGCAGUUUUCCUUGAUGAAGAUGGAUGACCGAAUCUCUGCUGCUGAAAGCAUGAUAAGUGUGGUGCUUGGCAAGAAAACUUUGUUUCUUUUUAAUCUGAAUGAACCAGAUAACCCAGCUGAUCUUGAAUUUCAGCAGGACUUUGGCAACAUUGUCUGCUAUAAUUGGUAUGGUGAUGGCCGCAUCAUGAUUGGUUUUUCAUGUGGACAUUUUGUGGUCAUUUCUACUCAUACUGGAGAGCUUGGUCAAGAGAUAUUUCAGGCUCGUAACCAUAAAGAUAAUCUAACCAGCAUUGCAGUAUCACAGACUCUUAACAAAGUUGCUACAUGUGGAGAUAACUGCAUUAAAAUCCAAGACUUGGUUGACUUAAAAGACAUGUAUGCUAUACUCAACCUGGAUGAGGAAAAUAAAGGUAUUGAGUUUUCUGAAGCAGAUCGACAUUUUAUCGUUCCAGUUACAGAGAGAUUGGGUACCUUGUCCUGGACUGAUGAUGGCCAGCUGCUAGCACUCUCUACCCAAAGGGGCUCACUUCAUGUUUUCCUGACCAAGCUUCCCAUACUUGGGGAUGCCUGCAGCACAAGGAUUGCCUAUCUCACCUCCCUCCUUGAAGUCACCGUAGCCAACCCUGUUGAAGGAGAGCUACCAAUCACAGUUUCUGUUGAUGUGGAACCCAGCUUUGUGGCAGUAGGUCUUUAUCAUCUGGCCGUCGGAAUGAAUAAUCGAGCUUGGUUUUAUGUCCUUGGAGAGAAUGCUGUGAAAAAAUUGAAAGAUACGGAGUAUCUGGGAACAGUAGCCAGUAUUUGCCUUCAUUCUGACUAUGCUGCUGCACUUUUUGAAGGCAAAGUCCAGUUACAUUUGAUAGAAAGCGAAAUCUUGGAUGCUCAAGAAGAACGUGAGACUCGGCUUUUCCCAGCAGUGGAUGAUAAGUGCCGUAUCUUAUGCCACGCCUUAACUAGUGAUUUCCUCAUCUAUGGUACAGAUACUGGUGUCAUUCAGUAUUUCUACAUUGAAGACUGGCAAUUCGUUAAUGAUUAUCGACAUCCUGUCAGUGUGAAAAAGAUUUUUCCCGACCCAAAUGGGACCAGAUUAGUUUUCAUUGAUGAAAAAAGUGAUGGAUUUGUCUACUGUCCAGUUAAUGACGCUACCUAUGAGAUUCCAGAUUUUUCACCAAUCAUUAAAGGUGUUCUUUGGGAAAACUGGCCAACGGAUAAAGGUGUAUUUAUUGCUUAUGAUGAUGAUAAGGUGUACACUUACGUCUUUCACAAGGACACUAUACAAGGAGCCAAGGUUAUUUUGGCUGGUAGCACCAAAGUUCCUUUUGCUCAUAAACCUUUGCUGCUAUAUAACGGAGAGCUGACCUGCCAAACACAGAGUGGAAAAGUAAACAACAUCUACCUUAGCACCCAUGGCUUUCUCAGCAACUUAAAAGAUACAGGGCCUGAAGAACUGAGACCAAUGCUGACACAGAAUUUAAUGCUAAAAAGGUUUUCUGAUGCUUGGGAAAUAUGCAGGAUUCUGAAUGAUGAGGCUGCCUGGAAUGAGUUGGCCAGAGCUUGUCUACAUCACAUGGAAGUGGAGUUUGCAAUCCUUGUUUAUCGGAGAAUUGGAAAUGUUGGCAUAGUGAUGUCCUUGGAACAAAUAAAGGGAAUAGAGGACUACAAUCUUUUGGCAGGACACCUUGCCAUGUUUACCAACAAUUAUAUCCUGGCUCAGGACCUGUACCUUGCAUCCAGCUGUCCUAUUGCUGCCCUGGAGAUGAGAAGGGAUUUACAGCAUUGGGACAGUGCUCUACAACUGGCAAAGCGUUUGGCCCCAGACCAGAUACCUUUUAUAUCAAAAGAAUAUGCUAUUCAGCUUGAAUUCGCGGGUGAUUAUGUAAAUGCUUUGGCUCAUUAUGAGAAAGGAAUAACAGGUGAUAAUAAGGAACAUGAUGAAGCUUGUCUGGCUGGAGUGGCCCAGAUGUCCAUAAGAAUGGGAGACAUACGUCGAGGGGUUAACCAAGCCCUCAAGCAUCCCAGCAGGGUCCUUAAAAGAGACUGUGGAGCCAUAUUGGAGAAUAUGAAGCAAUUUUCAGAAGCGGGCCAACUGUAUGAAAAAGGUCUCUACUAUGACAAAGCAGCAUCUGUUUACAUCCGCUGUAAGAAUUGGGCAAAAGUUGGUGAUCUUCUGCCCCACGUUUCUUCUCCUAAGAUCCACUUGCAGUAUGCCAAAGCCAAGGAAGCAGAUGGAAGAUACAAAGAAGCUGUUGUGGCUUAUGAGAAUGCAAAACAAUGGCAAAGCGUAAUCCGCAUCUAUCUGGAUCACCUCAAUAAUCCUGAAAAAGCUGUCAAUAUUGUUAGAGAGACCCAGUCUCCGGAUGGAGCCAAAAUGGUAGCCAGGUUUUUUCUACAGCUUGGUGACUAUGGGUCUGCCAUCCAGUUUCUUGUCAUGUCCAAAUGUAACAAUGAAGCUUUCACACUGGCACAGCAACACAACAAAAUGGAAAUCUAUGCAGAUAUUAUUGGUUCUGAAGACACUACUAAUGAAGAUUAUCAAAGCAUUGCCUUAUACUUUGAAGGAGAAAAGAGAUAUCUUCAGGCUGGAAAAUUCUUCUUGCUGUGUGGCCAGUAUUCACGAGCACUUAAACACUUCCUGAAAUGCCCAAGCUCGGAAGAUAAUGUGGCAAUAGAAAUGGCGAUUGAAACUGUUGGUCAGGCCAAAGACAAACUGCUGACCAAUCAGCUGAUAGACCACCUCCUGGGGGAGAACGAUGGCGUGCCUAAGGAUGCCAAGUACCUGUUCCGCUUGUACAUGGCUCUGAAGCAAUACCGAGAAGCUGCCCAGACUGCCAUCAUCAUUGCCAGAGAAGAGCAGUCUGCAGGCAACUACCGGAAUGCACACGAUGUUCUCUUCAGUAUGUAUGCAGAACUAAAAUCCCAGAAGAUCAAAAUUCCCUCCGAGAUGGCCACCAACCUCAUGAUUCUGCACAGCUAUAUACUAGUGAAGAUUCAUGUUAAAAAUGGAAAUCACAUGAAAGGGGCUCGCAUGCUUAUUCGGGUGGCCAACAACAUCAGCAAAUUUCCAUCACACAUUGUACCCAUCCUGACGUCCACUGUGAUUGAGUGUCACAGGGCGGGCCUGAGGAACUCUGCUUUCAGCUUCGCAGCUAUGUUGAUGAGACCUGAAUACCGCAGCAAAAUAGAUGCAAAAUACAGAAAGAAGAUCGAGGGAAUGGUCAGGAGACCCAAUACAUCCGAGAUAGAAGAGGCCACGACUCCAUGUCCAUUCUGCAAAUUUCUUCUCCCAGAGUGUGAACUCCUCUGUCCUGGAUGUAAAAAUAGUAUCCCAUAUUGCAUUGCAACAGGUCAACACAUGUUGAAAGAUGACUGGACGGUGUGUCCACAUUGUGACUUCCCUGCUUUAUACUCAGAAUUGAAGAUCAUGCUAAACACUGAAAGCACAUGUCCUAUGUGUUCAGAAGGAUUAAACGCUGCUCAGCUGAAAAAGAUUUCAGACUGUACCCAGUACCUGCGAACGGAGGAGGAACUGUGAGUGACAUGUGCAGAUACAAUGCUCCUGAGAAGACAGCAUUUUCCACAGGAGGCUGUUUCCUCCCCCGAUGGAUUUAAGAGACGGUCCUUACUGGAUACAGAGAAAUGAAACGGUGACCUCUCCAGGUCGGCACUUUCCGCUUCUGUACAGUGGCAAAACGAUGACAUGUAACCUUGCUGUUUAUUGUACUCUGCAUAUUUCCUCUUCAAAGUCUUACAUACUCUAUCCUCUGCACUGUUAAUAGUAACCUACGACAUAAUUGUAAAUAUUCAGCUUUUUGAUAACUUUUGUAUUUUGAAAUACUUUAAAAUUGUUGACUAGAUAUUUGUGACGUUUUCCUAGAUUUGGAGAACAGAAAAAGAUAAAGGCAGCUCUGAAGGACAUUGUCAAGUUUGGGCAACACAGAUGUGAACAGAGUAAAAAGCUUGAAAUGAGAAGUUUAUACAAAUUACGGCUAUUAAGCAGAAUCAGCCCAGAAGCAAAACAUCAAAAAUUAGGAAAAGCAAUCUUGUAAAGAAUUAUUAAUGAAACUAACAGCUUAUA